AUGUCUUCGAUUACCAGUCUGACCAUGGCGGGCUUCACAGCUUCAGGACAAUUGGCAGACUGGUCAGCCACCUCUUCGAUUACCACUCCGAUCACCACUUCGACCAUAUUUUCGAUUGCCAGUCUGACCAUGGCGGGCUUUAUAGCUUCAGGACAAUUGGCAGACUGGCUCAAUAUCCACCUCAAUCACCACUUCGGCGAUGUCUUCGAUUACCACUCCAAUUACCCACUCCGAUCACCACUUCGAUCAACUACAACCAAUCUGACCGUGGCGGGCUUCGCGGCUCCAGCAAAAUCGGCACAAUUGACAGAUUUGUGA